AGCCAAGCCCCAGACGCGCGCUAGGCGUCGCGACUGCCGCUCUCGUUGCCGUGGGACGUUCGUUGGGCUACGAGAAGCGCGACACGACCGCUUUUACUGAUCUCGCGCCGGCAGCAAGCACCGCUUCGCACCAGAAACAGCUGAUAGCGCUCCCAGCCCGCCGUGCGCGCAAGAGCAACUUCUGACAGCGUUCCCAGCUUAACGCCCGUCGCCGCGCGCCCGCAGCGAGAGCACCGAACGUAACGACGCCACGAUGGACGCCGAGACGCGCGGCGUCGUCGUCGACGCCAUAUCAGGAUUCAUCGCGGGCGCGGCCUGCACGCUCGUCUUCCAGCCCCUGGACACGAUUCUGGUGCGGCAGCAGUACGUUGGUACAACAACCAUGGAGUCCGCGGUCGCUGUGCUUAAAAGAGGCGGCAACCUCGCGCUGUGGCGCGGCGCGACGCCACUCAUCGCCUUGGUGCCGUUCCAGAACGCGCUGCUCAUGGUGGGCUACGGUGCUGGUCAGAGGUGGGGCGAGCGCCACACCACGGAAACGUCCGCCGUUUUUGUGGGAGGCUGUGCGGGUGGCUUGGCGCAGUCGUUCGUCGCGAGCCCGUUCGAGCUGGCCAAGGUCCGGAGGCAGUUGUUUGGGCCUCCACCGUAUGAUUGGAGGCUGGCGACGCGGGGCCUGCACGCGACGUUCCACCGCGACGUGAUUCCGCACGGCGUUUGGUUUUGGGUGUACGAUCGAUGUAAAAGGACGUACGGCGACGAUGGAAUGGCGACGAUGGCGUCGGGGGCCGUGGCGGCGGCCGUGGCCUGGGUCGUGGGCUACCCGGCGGACGUUUUGAAGACGCGGAUUCAAGGGAGUCCCCAAUCAAUGUCAUUAACGCAGGCGUCCCGGGACCUGCUGAAGCGGGAGCCGCCCGGGGUCGUCAACGCCGUGCGAGCCUUGUACCGCGGCCUCGGGCUGAAACUGUUGCGGGCGGUGCCGUCCUCCGCGGUCAACUUCUCCGUCUACGAGUGGACGAAGCGGCGGCUGGAGGGCGUGGUCUAGUCUUUUUUGCAUAUAUUUUGUUCAUUAU